AUGAAGCCAUCGACAGUCGCUCUAUGCGUUUAUGCAACCACUGCCUCCGCCGGGAUCUUUAGCGAUCGUUAUCCAGCCAGGAGUCUAUUCCCAGCUGACGCCUUGCCAAUCGACGAACACACUUUCGCGUCUCUCCGAAAAAGAGACCUACAGCAACCCUUCACCUCCCAACAACUAAUUGAACCAACCUCCCACCCAGGCACCGCCCGCCUCGAGAUCGAAAGCUGCCUCUUCUUCGGCCUCAUCCCCUUCUACUGGACCAACCUAGCCCUCGGCACCCCAAACCAGGCCUUCCGCAUGAUCCUCGACCUCAACUAUGGUGGUUUAAUCGUUCGUAAUCGCGACUGCGAUCCUUUCUCGUGCGGCUUCGGCUUCAACUACACCCAUGACGACUCUUCUACCUGGCAUGAUGAGGGAGAGACGUUCAUGCUGCAUCUGGACUCGCAGUUUGCGUACGGGAACGUCUCAAGGGACGACGUGCAGCUUAUCAGCCUCAAUGUCACCGAUGUGAUAUUCGGAGAAGUGGACGAUUUUCACGGGGAGAACUUUUUGUUCUUGACGAUGAAGCACUUUGCUGACGGUGCCAUUGGGCUGGGACCACCGAAUGCUUCUAUGCCGUUGUAUACCGACACGAUGGUCCCAAACAUCAUGUCGAACGUGGUAUCGCAGGAUGUCCUACAGAAGAACAUCAUGACCCUCGACCUACCAUGGAACGGCGGAGAGAAAGGCUCACUCUAUCUUGGAACGAUCCCAGAGGAAGCAGCAAACUCCGAUGAAGUCCGGAUUCCGUUCUCCAACGCCACGACCGACCUCCUGCUCAACACCUGGCAGGUCAGUGUAGACAGCAUCUCCACAUCCAACCAAGACUCCGACAGAAUCGAACUACCCGAAGUCUACGCCACCUUCGAACUCGGCGCGGGUUUCAGCUUGCCCAGCGAUAUCUACGACCACCUUCUCGAAUCUCUAGGGGCGGAAGACAAAAACUUCCUCUUCCCCAUAUACAACUGCAGCCGCUGGGACGACAUGCCCGACCUCGUCUUCACAUUCUCGGGCGUCGACGUUGCUCUCACGAAGGAGGACUACUCCAUACGUGGAUACUUUGGGCCGGGAGAUUCUGACGAGGAGACUUGCGGGGUUCUGCUGCAGCAAAAUUGGCGAGAUGAGCUGCCGGUGGUCAUUGGCGUGGAGUUUCUGAGGAAGUGGUUUGUGGUGUUUGAUAUGGAUGAGGGGGAGCUUGGACGUGAGUGUCUCCCUAUCGAGCCGGGAGUAGAGGGUUGUGCUAACGAUGCGUAG